GAAUUAACAGUGAAGUAGUUGGCCGGAUUGCGCGUGAACGGUUGCGGUUCCCGUCGAAUUUUCGGGAUGUUUGUUUUGUUGUGUUUUUAUUCUGUGUUUUGUAAACAGUUUGCUCAAUAAUUGAUUAAGUUAAUUCCUUAAGUUCAGUGCCUUUGUUUUGAUGUGCUUUCUGACAGGGAAGGAUUAUUCUUCGCGUUAACCUCAAGUACUCGGAGUGGAAUUCUCAUCAAGAUGGCGGAUUCGAGUUAUUACCAGGGUGACUACAUCCGGCACCCGGUGCUGUACGAGCUGAGCCACAAGUACGGGUUCCAGACGGACUGCCUCCCGGAGGCCGGUCCGGGCCUCCCCGGGAAGCUGGAGGAGCUCAAGGAGCACAUCAAGCGGGAGAUCCGCAAGGAGCUCAAGAUCAAGGAGGGAGCCGAGAAGCUCCGCAAGGUGGCCACCGACCGCAAGAGCCUCUCCGACGUCGAGUCCAUCGUCAAGAUGUCCAACUACAAGCUCGGCGAGCUCCAGGCCGAGCUCCAGGAGCUCGAGUCCCAGAUCAUCCUCACCCAGGGGCAAACCACCCUCACGCCCGUCCUCUCACGCAACCCCGCUUCACCCCUCGCCAACCACAACCUCAACGGACACGAAACCUUACUGUCACCAAUGGCUGGCCUUACCACAUCCUCUAACCAAGAAAACUCAAAUUUUGCCAACGAUCUUCGUUUAGUGUCGUUAGAAAAGCAGCUAAAUAUAGAAUUAAAGGUGAAACAUGGGGCAGAGAACAUGAUUCAGAGUCUAACUAGCGGCCACUCGAGGGAUAAGAAACUCCUUGCAGAAGCGCAGCAGAUGCUUGCUGACUCCAAAGCUAAAAUUGAAUUUUUGAAGAUGAGAAUUUUGAAGGAGAAACAAAGCAAACAGAAUAGAAUGAACGACUCAUCCUCAAAUGGAGAUUCACAAAAUAGUAAAGACUCCUAUAAACCCACGUUAGAACCACCCUUAGAAGAACGAAUUGAGGAGUUGAGGCAUAGACUUAGAAUAGAAGCUGCUGUUGUCGAAGGGGCAAAGAAUGUUAUCAGACUGUUACAAAGUUCAAAGGUCGCGGACAAGAAAGCAUUACAAGAGGCUCAAGCAAGUUUAUCAGAGUCGAGUCGUAAAUUAGACCUGUUGCGUCGUUCAUUGGAACUCAGGAGACAGGAGUUACCUCCAGAUUCGGUGGCCGCAGCUCAGCUCAAGAAAGAACUACAAAGCGUACAAGCAGCCAGUCCCCUACCAGUCACAUACGUUAGUCUUCAGCCGUUCCCAGGAUCUCCAUCCAACCAAGGCUAUGAAGGCAAACCCACGGUCUCAUCGCUUUCCAGGUGUGCUGCAGUCACCGGCAAACUAGAAGUUCGACUGAUGGGUUGUCAGGACUUGUUAGAGGAAGUGCCGGGAAGAUCAAGAAGAGAGAAGGAGAACUCAUCCAGUCCGAGUGAUCUGCGGUCUUUUGUUAAAGGUGUCACUGGAAGGAGCUCAAGUAAAUCGUACAGUGUCAAGGAUGAAACAAGUAAUGAAAUAAUGGCUGUUAUAAAGUUAGAUAAUCAAACUGUUGCUCAGACAAGUUGGAGACCAUGUUCACAGCAGGCCUGGGACCAAAGGUUUUCAAUAGACUUGGACAAAUCCAGAGAACUAGAGAUAGGUAUUUUUUGGCGUGACUGGCGCUCCCUUUGUGCUGUCAAGUUUCUUAGGUUAGAAGAAUUCAUUGAUGAUAUCCGGCAUGGAAUGGCUCUCCAGUUAGAGCCUCAAGGUCUUCUUUUUGCAGAGAUCAAGUUCCUUAAUCCCAUGAUAUCACGGAAACCAAAACUGCAGCGGCAGCGAAAGAUUUUCAAGCAGCAAAUAAAGAAUUUCCCCAGAGCCAACCAAAUGAACAUUAAUGUCGCCACCUGGGGCCGAUUGCUAAAGCGGUCUUCGCCAUCCAUUCAAAACGACAGAACAAGCUCUGAAAGUCCACCCUCGGUGAGGAUAGAAGUAGAGGACAAGCCAGAAGCACCUGGAGAAGUUCCCGAUCCUCAAGCAACUGGCCUGACAGGAGCACGGCCUCUCGGUCUGGGGAUUGCAGUUCUUCCUCCGCUCCCGCCUGACUCAGUGCCUUCUCACCCUCUGCUACCCUCGACUGUGGCCUCAGCCAAAAAGAGGCCUACCCCCACGCUGCCUACGCCUCCCCCUCCCCCUACUCCUCCUCCGAGGAAUGAUCCAGAGCUCCAGCUUGCCCUUCAACAGUUUGAUUUUCUAGUCGACGAGGAGGGAGGUGGACUGAGUGUUGUCGCUGUUACGCUCUCCACCCCUUCCACCCCUCAAAUAUCCCCUCUAAUAGAGUUCCCCCAGGAUGAGUCACCUCCUCUGUUUGAGCGGCCUUUGACUGCCCGAGUUUUAGAAUAUAGAGAUAGUGCUUAUGAAUCUCCAAGACAUUCUAUGCUGAUGCCAUCUAUGAAUCUGGAGAAUUUCAAGCUCCUAAGUGUUUUAGGUAGAGGACAUUUUGGCAAGGUCAUUUUAUCUCAAUAUCGGAACACCGGUGAAUACUUUGCCAUUAAAGCUUUGAAGAAAGGAGACAUAAUUGCUCGCGAUGAAGUAGAAUCACUCCUGUCAGAAAAGCGAAUUUUCGAAGUUGCCAACACCAUGAGGCAUCCAUUCCUUGUCAAUCUGUUUGCUUGUUUCCAGACAAAGGACCAUGUAUGUUUUGUAAUGGAAUAUGCAGCUGGUGGUGACCUCAUGAUGCACAUCCAUGCUGAUGUAUUCACCGAGCCCCGCGCUGUAUUUUAUGCAGCUUGCGUUGUUCUUGGUCUUCAAUACUUGCAUGAAAGCAAGAUUAUAUAUCGUGAUUUAAAACUAGACAACCUUUUAUUAGACACUGAUGGUUAUGUGAAGAUAGCCGACUUUGGCCUGUGUAAAGAAGGCAUGGGUUACGGGGACAGAACUGGCACCUUUUGCGGGACACCGGAAUUUUUAGCCCCAGAAGUGCUAACCGAAACCUCCUACACUCGGGCAGUAGAUUGGUGGGGUCUUGGAGUUCUCAUUUUUGAAAUGCUGGUUGGAGAGUCUCCGUUCCCUGGCGAUGAUGAAGAAGAAGUGUUUGAUUCAAUUGUAAAUGACGAAGUGCGGUACCCUCGGUUCUUAUCCUUAGAAGCUAUUUCUAUCAUGAGGAGGUUGCUGAGGAAGAAUCCCGAGAGGCGUUUAGGCUCAAGUGAAAGAGACGCUGAGGAUGUUAAGAAACAAGCAUUCUUCCGACAAAUCGUUUGGGAGGACCUGCUCUUACGGAAAGUGAAACCACCAUUCGUUCCUACUGUGACAUCUGUGGAAGAUGUGAGCAACUUUGAUGAAGAAUUCACAUGUGAAAAGCCGCAGCUAACACCACCUAAAGACCCUAGACCGUUGACUGAAGAUGAUCAACUCCUCUUCAAAGACUUCACUUACAUGGCAGACUGGUGUUGACUAAAGUCGGCAGCGUACAUCAAUGUCAUCUGCACUCUCUGAAUUGUUAAAUAGUUUUUCCCCUCGGGAUUUUAUUCAGUGUUUGAUCAAUCGAGUGACAAUGCCGUACGUUGUCUUUUAGGUCUGUACAGGAGCACUAAUUUAAUGUUUAGUUGUUGAAUUUUUUCAAAUUUUUGCUGGAUUCGACUCUCGUUAACCAUCACAAAUUUUUUUUGAAAGUAAGGAACUCGGAGAAUAAUACAAUGGUGGCAAAUUAUUUUAAAUCACUUCUUAGUUUAUAGCGAGCGUUACUUGUCUGGAAAUAAAAGCAUCUUCUGAAGACAAAAGCUGGGAAUUACUCUCAAUAUCUGUGGCUUUUACCAAUUUUUUUACUUUUCAUGUAAUCAGAUCUGUCCUCGGAUCUUUUUUCAUUGCCUUUUUGAUGUACAAAUCGAUUGAGUUUUGACGUUCAUCACAUUUAAGUGUGAGAUAUAGCUGUAUUUGUGCAGUUGCAAGCUUAGCCAGUGGUGCUAAUCUACGGAAAAUAUCAGUUUUUAGAACCUGAAUUCUUUCUCAAAAAGUGUAUUUAUAAAAUCAAUAGCUGUAAGAGGGAUAUUGAAGGAGGACAUUAGUAUUGCUAGUUUUUUAUUAAUUUUAUCCCACAUUUUUUUAAUACUGUGCCAGAGAAAAAUGGUGAAUUUGGUACUUUCUAUUAAUUACAAAUUGUUACUGGCUAUUGAAUUCUGUAAGUGACAUCCUAUGUUUUCAUUGAUAGGAUUUUUACAAAGCUGGAGAAGAUGGAAUAUCAAGGAAAAAAUUGAAGAAAAAAUUAACUUGAAACGAUUGAGAGAACUUGAAAAAUCUCUUAUUUUAACAAAUGUGGGAAAGUCGAUGAUUUGGCAGGUGAAAGAACAAUUUCAUUUUGGUUUGGGAAGACAUAAAAAAAUUCAUGACUAUUCGUUUUGCCUCAGGAGUCCUCAGAUAGAUCUCUAUACUACAGAUGGGUUCAAUUUCAACUGUACCUUUUUAAAUUCACUCGCACGAUGCAUAAGCUUAAUACUGUACAAAAGGAAUAAUAUCACCUUUUUUUUGGUAUGUGCAUUGAAAUAAGUCUCAAAACGUGGCCUUAUUUUAAUAGAACUUUUUUUAAGGAAAAAAGUUGAUUUUGAACAGCAGACUAAUCCAAGGAAAAUUGAUCUCUGUAAGAUAUUUGCCCUCUCUGCUCAAAAUAACUUGGAUCUUUUCCAGGAUUUUCUGCAUCCUCGUAGAAGAUAGGAAAUGUUUUAACGCUUUUAACCCUUUAUCAUUCAUUUGUCUCGGUGAUUUUUCAAUAUGUAUUAUCAUGCUUUAAUUUUUUAUUUUAUCCUCUCUGUUCUUUUUUUCACAUUAUAAUUGGAACCAUGAGCUGUUCAAGAGCUUCUAUGACCAAACAGCAUAUCAAUGGUGAGUCUUCCAAAGCACAUACCUCGGUUUGCGACGGUGCAGACUUCCCAUCAUGCUAUUUCUUUUAAAUGGGAAACUACUCAAUGUCCAUUCUUUAAGACUUCUGUAAUACUUCCACUCUUUGCGAAGAAAAUUCUGUGAAAACUCCAAGGAAUCAUGUUGAUUUGUUUUCCUUCAAAAAAAUAAAAUAAAAUGGGAGCGGAAAUCUCAAAACACAGCACAUGAGAUACAUGUUUCGGGAGUUUCAUUGAAGAUAUAUUUGUGUCAACAUUUCUAUGACUGUGCAUCCUCUUAACUUCUUUCCUUAGAAAGCUAUACGCUCUGUCCUGUUAUUUGUCUGAAAUGUUUUCCGUGUCAUGCUGAUUUUUCUCGAAGGAAAAUGUAGAAAGUAAGUGCCUUUAGAUGCCUGUAUAAAAAUACAAAGUUGCACUGUUUUAGCAAUGUUCUCAUGGGUGUUUGCUGUUUGGUCAGAAACGUCCUCAGAUGCUGGAGUAAUGUCUUCUUUGAAUUUGUUCAUUGUUUUCAAACAAUAAAUUUGUAUCAGUGACUGUUUUGUUUCAACUGCUCAAGUAUUUUCUGAUGGAUAGAACACCAAUAUAUCUUGUUUGGACUUCCUGUCUUUUCUCUUCUCACAAGAAGAAACACACAUGAAGCUGGAAGUUUCUCUCUGAAGUUUUUUACGAACAUUUGAUUUCUACAAGCCUAGAUUGCUAUUUUUUGUCUAAGUGUACUUUCGUUCUCAUAUAUGAACACAACUUUCAAUUUGUGGCAUGAAAACUGCGUAUUUUUAGUGAGAGAGAUAGGAAAAGCAAGAUCUGUCUGCUGAUGCCUAUUAGGUGAUUUACUCUGCCAUGCUUAGGAAGAACGGUGUAUGGACAUUUGAGAGUUGGCAAGUUUCCCUGGAUUAAGGAUUUUUUUAAAUAACUCAAUAAAUUCGUAUUUUAUCAAAGGAAAUUUGGCAACGCCUGAAGGUUCAUAUGGUGUUCUUCCUUACAAUUGUAGUAUUCAACAGUUAUUAUUUUUCUUUCAUUCAAACUUUAUUUCUGGUUAAAACUUACCGAAGCAACUGUCAUUAUCUUUGUGUCAUCUACUGCUCAUGCUGAAGACGCCAUCAAAUCUGUUGACAUGAUUUCUUCAUUUAUUACUAUUUGUUCAGUGUCUGCAUGAAAGCUUCCAUAUUUGAAAUUCCCAUUGUGUGCAUUUGUUAUAUUUAUUUAGUGCAUUUCAACUGCUUUUAUAUUGAUUGAGUAUCAAAAUAACUGACAUUUUGUUCUCAUCGCGCGUUGAUAACUCUUGCUUUCUGUCAGGAUUUUUGUUGCAACAUCUUCAUGUUUUUUUUUUUAAGAUUAAUUGUCCUUAAAAAAUGAGAUGGAAAGAGAUUUGUACUAAAUGAUAAAACGUCCCAAUUGCGCUAAACGAGAACAAUGUCUGUAAACAACUCAAGCACUUAGAUUUCAAUUUACCAAAUUUUGUGAGUCGCUCUUGCCAAAAUUUUUCACACUUUCCAGUGCAGGUGGACUAGUUGUACUAACCAAAAUUUAACCUUUUGCCCUUCUGUUUUUUUGUUUUUUUUAUUGUUAGUCAUUCCAAACGUACCCAGCCUCAUUAUUAAUUAAUGGUUAAAAAUGCAAAUAUGCCAGAUGACAAAUAGAUUGUCCUUGAAAAUUAGUAUUCUGAUUUAUGCAAAAAGUCACAAGCUGGAUAAACGAUUUAAUUUGAAGCUUCCUGUGAAAUGUUAUUAUUUUUUUCUCUUUAAGUUUGUAUUUUUUAAUUGCCUUCCUUAACUUUCAAUGUUCAAUACGUUUACUGCAAAUGGUUUUUGGGUACUUCUUCCUGGUGUACUAAGGAAAGGUAUGAUAAAAAAACAAAUUCCAACUGCUGUGUACUGCCAUUGCUAGUUCAAUAAAUUUUGCAGUACUAUGUCAAAUGGCAAACAAAGAAAACUAUCUGUAUGACUUGUUUGGCAGUGAAUUUCUUAAUCAUAUUUUAAAAACAUCCAGAAUCUUUUUGAGCUCCUAACUUACUUAAACUGGUUUCAUUGGUGAAUGUAUUCCAUUCUAUUUUUAUUGUAGUUAAAUGUGUGUGUUUGCAUUUAGAGCUGACGUGUCUGAGUGAGUGGAUAUUAGUUAUAUUUUUUGGCUUCUUCGGAAAUACAUUUUCUGUACAUUUUUCCAUUGAGUGUUGCCAGUUUCAGAGCCCAGAAAAUGAGUUAAAAGAGUAAAUGAGUAAAUGAGUUUCUAUUGGUCCUCCUUUCUUCAAUUUCUUCUCUUUACUGAUUUGCCAAGAAUUCUUUUAAAGAGAUUCUAAAAUUUCCUCUUGUUUUCUGGUUUAGAAUGCUUUAUGAGGAAAUUUAGAACCCACAUCUAAUAUUUCUUGCUACAUUAUAGUCCUCAUGUCACUUUCUCUUGUGAACCCUGUAUCUCAGUUUUUUUCUGGAAUCAAUUUAUCAAUCGUUUUUCCCCUGUAAAGACAUAAGUAGGUUGGGUGAUGUGAGAUGAACUCUCCUUUCCUGUUCUAAGUAAAUUAAUGGUUAGGAACUGAGCUAAGAGAUUGCGCAGCUGAAAUUCAAGUUGAAUAUUGUCAUUGUUUGAAGGCAUUCUCUAAAUCAUUAAUUUUAGUGUUUUUAUUUUUUAAAUCCUAUCAUAUUAUUUUCAGUUUCAAAUUGUAAAAACUGUAUCAGGUUUGACCUAACCUUUUUUAAUUUAUUUACAAAGUCCUAUUAGCUGUACAAAAAUUAUUUUUUAUUAAUCCUCUAAUUUAAUUUUAUCUAAUUAAUCUACGCCUGCUAAUAAUGUAAUGGUGUUGUAUGAUACCGCUUUCAUUGUUGCAACCAAGGAUGUGAUCAAAAUGCCUUAAAUUGACCGAUAAAAGCGUGAAUUCAUGUAAGAAUGAUAGAAAUUGAAAAUUUGUAUUAUAUGACACAAAUCAAUGUUAUCAAUUAGAAUUGUUAUAAUUUUUUAAUUUAAAUUUUAUUCUUUAUUUUAUAUUUUCUUCUCGUCUUUAUCAAGUUGAAUCAAGUUUUGUUUAAUUCAAACUCAUUGUUGUAUUAUAAAUAAAGUGAUUUUAAAAA